AUGGCAUUGACAAUCAGCAACCUUCUAGCCAUCGACUUCAAAAAGACAGAGUCGCUGUCUAUGACAAAAAGCCUGAGCGACUAUAUAUCAAUGUCGUAUGCAGAGCACCCAGACAAUUAUCAAGACGACUUUCGCGUCCUCGACGAGCUUAGAGCCGAUAUCGUCAACCUCGAACCUCACCAAAAUGCGCUCAACCGCCUUUUGAAAUACCAAGCGCAGCUUGUCUUUAUCAGCUCAAAAUUUCCUAUUGAUACCGGCAUCGAGUUCCCUUGGGCUCUUGUCAACAGUACGGACAAGAAGAUGUAUUCGUUCAGGAACAUGUACUACGAGCGAGCAUGUAUUUGCUUCAACAUUGCCGCCAUGUACAGUCAGCUGGGCAAUAACGAGAUCAGGAGCACGGCGGAAGGAUUGAAGCGCGCCUACUCUCACUUCCAGAAUGCCGCGGGAGUAUUCCAACAUUUACGCGAUACAAUUAUUCCAGAGUUAAGGAUCGCGCCCACGGUCGACAUUUCUAGCGCAGCCCUCACGGUAUACGUGCAGCUCAUGCUCGCGCAGGCACAGGAGUGCUUUUGGCAAAAGGGCGCUCUCGAUCAGAUCAAGGAUGGGUUGGUUGCCAAACUUGCAGCAAUGGUGGCCGAUUAUUACGACGCAGCUAGCGAAGGGGCGACCCACAGCAGUGUGUCCUCGCUUUUCACGACAUCAUGGACCAGCCAGAUGCAGGCCAAGGCGCUCCACUUCGGUGCUGUGGCUCAGUAUAGGAAGUCAUGCGAAUGUAUAUCCCAGAACAAAUACGGGGAGGAGAUUGCUCGACUUCAGAUUGCAGAACGGCUCGUCAAUUCCGGAUUAGAUCUGCAGCGGAACCUCAAAGAGACCGUCAUCAGCGACCUGCGAUCGCUCCAGACAGCAAUCCAUCGGAAUCUCUCCCGGGCAGAGAAAGAUAACGACAUCAUCUACUUGGAACCCAUUCCCGCAGAGGCUUCGCUGGGGGCGAUCGGAAAGGCAGACAUGAGCAAGGCAACAAUUAUUCCAGAGAUCUCCAACCCAGUUCCCUUGAUGAACGAGCACAACAUGCUACUCGGCGUACCCUUAUUCUCGAGAUUGGUUCCAUUUGCGGUGCAUCAGGCAGCGAGCGUGUACACGGAACGCAAGGAAAGAAUUGUCAAGGAGGACAUCGGAGGAAAAUUCGAUGAACUCACCGGGGUAGUACGUUUUUUUUUAAGCCAAAUGCAAGCACUGAAUCUGCCAGGAGCGCUGCAGGCGCUAGACCAGCCAGUGGGGUUGCCACCUUCCCUGUUAUCCCACAUUGAUGAGAUUCAAGCAGAGGGAGGCGUUCACGCACUUCGUGAGAUGCUAGAGACUGUCCGGACAAUAUCUCGUAAGAAUGCAGCUAUUCUCGACGAGAUUUUCGAGGCGCUACAGCAAGAAGCUGAAGAGGAUGAGGCGAUGAGACAGCGAUUUCAGGGACGGUGGAACCGACCGACCUCAGCAUCCUUGACUGUUGCAUUUGUGGAGCAAGGAAAGAAAUACCGGGAAACUUUGGAGACCGCAAGGAAAAGCGACCAGAUUGUGGAGAACAAACUGGAAGCGCUAUUGACAACCUGGGGUCGUUCCUUGGAGUUACUCAUCGAGCGUGCUGUUCCUAGCAGUACGAAUGCGCCUGGUUCCUCCGAUCCCGAGCUUGUUGACGAUUUGAAGAUGCUGCUUGAGGAAGUUGACCAGAUGAUCAAGGCACGGCGGAUCAAAUUAGAGGAGAUCAAGAGGAUUGCAGACGACGAUGACAUUGGUCCAGCGUUGGUGGCUAUCACCAACAAACUGACAGCCAACUCUUCAGCGAUGAAGAUCGAACCCGCUCAUUUCGAGGCUCUCUUUCAGGAGCAGCUCAAGAAGUAUGAUGGCUAUAAGAGAUUAGUCAAAGAAGAGACCGCUGCUCAAGAGGAUCUUUUGAUGGCUAUCCAGGAAACAAACAAGGCAUUUGUGGCAUCUAGGAAGAGCAAUGCCAUAGUUCAUCAACGCGAAAAGGCUCUUCAAAAUCUGGAGGCUGCAUUCCAAAAGUACCGAGCAAUUUUGGCAAAUCUUAAAGAGGGAAUUCAGUUCCAUCGCGAUUUCGACGAAAUUUUGGUGCGUCUGCGUGGUAACUGCUGCGACUACUUCUUUGCCCGCAAAAUGGAGGCAAAGGACUACCUGAGGUAG